AUGCGCUUUUACCUUAAUUUUGCAGAACAGGUCAGCCAGAUUUGGCUCGACAAAUACGUGAUAGUCCUCGUAUUGCUCAUAGUCAAGGUGAUAUUGUUCAAGAAUGCCUUGCUCACAGGGUUAUCAGCCUGUCAGGCUCAAGCGGAACAAAUGUGCCAAUCGAUGGAUCGCCUACUGAAGCAAGCGGAUCAAGCUCCCGAAGCUAUUUCUCAAUUGACGAACUACAUAAUUGAGCAGUUCAUCAACAACCUUUUAGGACAGCUACGCAUGCUCAUUCAUCUAGCAUUGGCAAUUUUGAAAGGCCUUAUUGGUUUCAUGAUUGAGGUUUAUUUGGGCACAUUCACUUGCCUUUGUACAGCUUUUGUUAAAGGUGCUCUUGAUAUAGUGACAGAUGCUACGAGAACCAUAACGGAGGCGGUCGAGCUGGUUGUGAACGAGUUCUUGAAAGGCUUCAAUUCGGCUCUCGACGGCCUUUCGACAGUUGUGAAUGGAUUUGUCACCACAUUAAAAAGCAUCAAGUCUUUUUUCACGGACAGCGAUACUAGUGAUAUAUCCUCGGCAGUUGAUACGGUGAACUUGACUGCCUCGACCAUCAAGAACAUCUCCAUUCCAACGACAUUUAUUGACGACCUAUCUGCUUUAUCAAACAAAAUUCCUGACUACGAGGAUGUUCUUUCCAAUUUGACGUCAGUUGUGACAAAGCCCAUCGAUGUUCUCAAAAAAGAGGUGGAUUCAAUGACUUCCUCCAAUGCCACUUUGAAGCUUGAUGAGAUCAAGAGCUAUCAGAAACGUGCAUCAGGAAACACCUGCGACUCACUUGAUGCUGAUUUUCAAAAACUCGAGAAGUCCAUCAACUCUACAUGCUCAUGGAUACUUUUGGCACUCGGCUUGUCAAUUCUUCUUCUCGUCAUGAUAUUGGCAUUUUUCAUGUAUCGCUCCUACAGAAGAAGAAGGAGCCACAUUGAAGAGCUCACAUUGGAAAAUAGCCCUGAGAGAAUUGGUAAUGUUUUGGAGGUGCAGCGCAAUAAACUCGGGUUAUUCAUCAUGAAUCUCAAUAUCAACUAUCGUGUCAAGUGGCUCCUCAAUUACAUCUCCUCCUCGACUGCGACAAAUUGUCUCCUCAUAGGGUUAGCAGGAUUGUUGGUAGUUGGUCUCCAAUACUGGCUUUUGUCUGUUACGUCUAACAAGCUUGAUCACUUCUUCACGCAAGACAAUGCAGCUCUUCAAAACUCAAAUGCCCAAAAGAGUUUCGAAGGGUACAUUUUGGAUACACAAUUUGCCCUCGAUAACCUGCUGGAAAGUCUCAAUGAAGCGUUGUUUGGCUCGAUCGAUACCACUUCUGAGAGUCUCUACGAGACCUUGCUUGAAGCAGAAAAUUCCAUCAACGAUACCAUUAAUUCAGUAUUCGGUGGGACCCCGUUUGCAUCGCCUUUACAGACCAUUGUCUACUGCACUAUCGGCCGCAAACUCGAGAAAAUAGAGGAUGGUCUUCAGUGGAUCAACGAAAACUUGAAGAUUGAGUAUCCUUCAUUACCUGAAGAAGAUAUGCUGCGUUUAAUGACUAAUACUUUGCAAGAUACGACUGACGCUGAUGGUGGGAUCGGGUCUGCCAUCAAGAGUUCAAGCGACAAGUUCAUCAAAUCUUACAAGAAGUCGCUAUUCAUCGAGCUCAUUGUCUCAUCUAAUGGACAAGCUGGUUCUACCGAAGGUGAUCAGCAUGCCACAGCCACUCAGCUCAAAAUCAAAAUCGGAAUAUGA